CAUGUCUCACCUAGCAGCAUAGAUGUGAGUAUGCAUGUGGGCUCGAGCCAGCGGAGCUGAAGCAUCCGAGUCGUACUGCGCAGAGAUGCGGCGCACGUAGACGCGACAUGCGGACAACACCGGCUCACCUUUUCGCUGAAGUCAUGGUUCAAACACCGCUGAGAUAAUUUUUAAUGUUUGUUUUGAAAUGGCGACGUUGAAGUCGAGGUGAGCAGCUCCGUUGCUCGGUCAGCUCGCCUGUCUGAGGAGACUGUGCGCACUUUUAUCUCGUUCUUUUGCGAGGACGAGCAGCCUAAACAGUGAAUUUUUGUUGCUGUGUCAUCGACUACUGAAGAGGGAAUCAUGACGACGGGACAGGAUGAAAGCACGGUCCGUGUGGCCCUAAGGAUUCGUCCUCAGCUGGCCCGGGAGAAGAUAGAAGGAUGUCAUAUCUGCACAUAUGUGAUGCCCGGGGAGCCACAGGUGAUCCUGGGCAAAGACAAGUCCUUCACCUACGAUUACAUGUUCGACAUGGACUCCACGCAGGAUGCCAUCUACACCACCUGCACCGAGAAGCUGAUCGAGGGCUGCUUAGAGGGCUACAACGCCACCGUGUUUGCAUAUGGACAGACGGGUUCAGGGAAGACCUACACCAUGGGAACGGGCUUUGAUGUCAACAUUAUGGAUGAAGAGCUGGGUAUCAUUCCCAGAGCUGUCCACCAUCUCUUCAAGGGCAUCGAGGAGCGCCGCCAGGCCGCCCAAGAGCAGGGACAGCCCGUACCAGAGUUUAAAAUAAACGCACAAUUCCUUGAGCUUUAUAAUGAGGAAGUUCUGGACCUGUUCGACUCAGUACGAGACAUGAAGCAGAAAUCGCACAUCAAGAUCCACGAGGACGCCAAUGGGGGAAUCUACACGGUCGGUGUGACGACACGGACCGUUUCCUCCGCGGCUGAGAUGAUGCAGUGCCUGAAGCUGGGCGCGCUGUCUCGCACCACAGCCAGCACUCAGAUGAACGUCCAGAGCUCUCGAUCUCACGCCAUCUUCACCAUCCACCUGUGCCAAGUUCGCGUCUGUGCCUCCGACAAUCAAGAAACUGACAACAGAGUCUCCAACGGAAACUCUGAGAUGGACGAGUACGAGACGCUGACGGCCAAGUUUCACUUUGUGGACCUGGCCGGUUCUGAGAGGCUGAAGAGAACCGGAGCGACGGGUGACCGAGCCAAAGAGGGCAUCUCCAUCAACUGUGGACUGCUCGCUCUGGGGAAUGUAAUCAGCGCUCUGGGUGACCGAAGCAAGAGGAGCUCACACGUGCCUUACAGAGACUCCAAACUGACCCGACUGCUGCAGGACUCGUUGGGAGGAAAUAGCCAAACAGUGAUGAUCGCCUGCAUCAGCCCGUCCGACCGUGACUUCAUGGAAACGCUGAACACCUUGAAGUACGCCAACCGAGCCCGGAACAUAAAGAACAAGGUGAUGGUGAACCAGGACAAGGCCAGCCAGCAGAUCAGCGCUCUGAGGACGGAGAUCGCUCGGCUGCAGAUUGAGCUGAUGGAGUACAAGACUGGCAAACGCCUGACGGGUGAAGACGGUGUGGAGAGCUUCAGCGACAUGUUCCACGAGAACUCCAUGCUGCAGACAGAGAACAGCAACCUGAGGGUGAGAGUGAAGGCCAUGCAGGAGACGAUCGACGCCCAGAGAGCGAGGCUCACCCAGCUGCUCAGUGACCAAGCCAAUCAAUCCCUCGCCAAAGCAGGUGAAGGAGGAACUGAAGAAAUUGGAAACAUGAUCCAUGGUUACAUCAAAGAGAUUGAGGACCUCAGGGCUAAACUCCUGGAGAGCGAGGCUGUGAAUGAAAACUUGAGGAAGAAUCUGUCUCGGGCCUCCAGUCGUCAGUCGUUCUACGGAGGGCCCGGCUCCUUCUCCUCCCCGAUAAUGGCCCCAGAGAAAGAGACCUCCGACAUCAUCGAACUCGCAAAGAAAGACCUGGAGAAACUGAAGAAACGAGAGAAGAAGAAGAAGAAAAGACUCCAGCUGCUGUUGGAGGAGAGAGAGAGGGAGGAAAGGGAGGAGGUGGUGGAAGAGGUUGAGGACGCCAGUGCCAACAAGGAAGAAGUUCCCGACAACGAGCAAGAAAAGGGCACGGAGAAGGAAAUGGCGGAGCGAGUCAAUGAAGACCCAGAAAUGGAGGUCCAGGAAGGCAGCGACCACGAGGAAGCAGAAGAGGAAGAGGAUGAAGACGAGGAGGAGAUGGAUGUGGAGGAGAGCUCUGAUGAUUCUGACUCAGAGUCGGAUGAAAAAGAGAACUUCCAGGCCGACCUGGCCAACAUCACCUGCGAGAUCGCCAUCAAGCAGAAGCUGAUCGACGAGCUGGAGAACAGCCAGCGGCGUCUGCACACACUCAAACAGCAGUACGAGCAGAAGCUGAUGAUGCUGCAGUGCAAGAUCAGGGACACCCAGCUGGAGCGGGACCGUGUCCUCCAAAACAUGACUUCAGUAGAGAGCGGCACAGAAGACAAGGCCAAAAAAAUCAAGACUGAAUACGAGAAGAAGCUGAGCGUCAUGAACAAGGAGCUCCAGAAACUCCAGUCGGCUCAGAAGGAGCACGCCCGCCUGCUGAAGAACCAAUCACAGUACGAGAAACAGCUGAAGAAGCUUCAGAUGGAUGUGGCUGAAAUGAAGAAGACAAAGGUUCGUCUCAUGAAGCAGAUGAAGGAGCAGCAGGAGAAGAACAGGAUGAACGAGUCUCGCAGGAACAGAGAGAUCGCCUCCUUAAAGAAAGACCAGCGCAAACAAGAGCACCAACUAAAACUACUGGAGGCUCAGAAAAGGCAGCAGGAGCUGAUUCUGCGGAGAAAGACUGAAGAGGUGACGGCUCUGAGGAGACAGGCCAGGCCCACCUCAGGGAAGGUCGUCAGGAAGGUCAAUCUGCCAGAUUCAGCCCAGGACUCCUCCCAUAGACCCCCAUCUGGACGCCUGUACUCCUCCGGCAACGCUGCUCCAAACGGCACCAGGUCUUUCUACAGACGUACAGCGGGUGUUUACUCCACCAGAGUGGCCCGUAAUAAGUGGCAGUCUCUGGAGCGACGGAUCUCUGACAUCAUCAUGCAGCGGAUGACCAUCUCCAACAUGGAGGCCGACAUGAACCGCCUCCUCAAGCAACGAGAGGAGCUGACCAAGCGUAAAGAGAAGGUCAUAAGGAAGAGGGACAGGCUGAUGAGGGAGGGGCCAGAGGUGGAGAAGGCGGCGGUUCCACUCAGCGAGGAAGUGGACGCUUUGGCGGCUAACAUUGACUACAUCAACGACAGCAUCGCUGACUGUCAGGCCAACAUCAUGCAGAUGGAGGAAACAAAGGAGGAAGGCGACACUGUGGACAUCUCUGCCGUGGUGGGUUCUUGUACCCUGACUGAGGCUCGUUUUCUACUUGAUCACUUCAUGUUAAUGGCUAUCAACAAGGGUCUCCAGGCGGCCCAGAGGGAGUCCCAGGUGAAGGUGAUGGAGGGCCGACUGAAGCAGACAGAGAUCACUAGCGCCACGCAGAACCAGCUGCUGUUCCACAUGCUGAAGGAGAAAGCAGAGUUCAACCCCGAGCUGGACGCACUGCUGGGGAAUGCACUGCAAGAGCUAGGUAACAUCCCGGCCGAGAACGGGGAUGACAGCAGCAGUGAUGAGUCUGCACAGAGCCCGUCUGCAGAGGGAAACACCUUGGCAUCAGAUCUCAUGAAACUCUGCGGAGAGAACAAAACAAGAAAUAAGGCCCGUAGAAGGACCACAACUCAGAUGGAGUUGCUUUACGCUAACAGUGACUCCGCCCCCGAUGCUCCCGCUGACUUCUCCGGUCCGAUGCUGCCGUUAGCUGAAACACCCGACGGGGGAGGAGACCUGGACUCGUCAGGCUCCUCAGUCAGGGACUACACAGCUCUCUCCCCCGGCUUUUCCUCUAAAAUGGGCAGCAUUUCUGGCUCCAGAACUUCACCAGGGCGGGAAAAACGCACUCCGGAGCCCUCCCCGCUCGCUCGCAGGAAGACCUAUGACAAGUCACAAGCAGCAUCGGACAGGGCAAAGAUCAAGGAGAUUAAACAUACAGAUGGAUGCUGUCACCUGUCCUCCAACCACAUGCUACAUAAUGUUUCCCCUCCUCCAUCGGACCCACCCAAGGGCAUCAUUAAUCCUGUGCCGGCCACUAAGAGCAGCCGUUCAGCGACCUUGCAGUGCGUCCACGUGGCGGAGGGACACAGUAAAGCGGUCCUGUGUGUCGACUGCACUGAUGACCUCCUCUUCACCGGAUCCAAAGACAGGACCUGUAAGGUGUGGAAUCUGGUGACGGGUCAGGAGAUAAUGUCCCUGGCCGGUCAUCCCAACAACGUGGUGUCGGUCCGCUACAGCUCCAGUCUGGUCUUCACCGUCUCCACCUCCUACAUCAAAGUCUGGGACAUCCGGGACUCUGCCAAGUGCAUUCGAACAUUGACGUCCUCUGGUCAGGUUAAUGUGGGAGAUGCCUGUGCGUCUAACACCAGUCGGACGGUCACCAUCCCUGCAGGAGAGAAUCUAGUCAACCAGAUUGCUCUGAACCCAAACGGAACGGUUCUGUAUGCCGCCGCCGGAAACUCAGUCAGAGUCUGGGAUCUGAGAAGAUUUGCGUCCACAGGGAAACUUACUGGUCACCUCAGCCCUGUCAUGUGUCUGACUGUGGAUCAGUCUGGAAACAACCAGGACAUGGUGAUCACCGGGUCCAAGGACCACUACAUCAAGCUGUUUGAUGUGACUGAAGGCUCUCUGGGGAGCAUCAGCCCCACACACAACUUUGAACCUCCCCAUUACGACGGAAUCGAGUCUCUGGUGGUCCAGGGGGACAUUUUCUUCAGCGGCUCCAGAGACAACGGCAUCAAGAAGUGGGACCUGGACCGCAAAGACCUGCUGCAGCAAGUCCCAAACGCACACCGUGACUGGGUUUGUGCACUCGGUGUCGUGCCGGGGUCUCCUGCCUUGCUGAGCGGCUGCAGGGGUGGAGUGCUCAAGCUGUGGCACACGGACACUCUGGGGACUCUGGGGGAGCUGAAGGGGCAUGAAAGUCCCAUCAACAGCAUAUCUACCAACAGCAGCCACCUGUUCACCGCCUCCGAUGACCGGACUGUGAAGAUCUGGCGUGCACGUGGCGGACUGGACAGCAACUUGGAGACGGUCGACAACGCAGAUGAGGUGGCCAGUAUCUGAACACAGCGCCACCUGCUGGGUGUGACUUUAGAGGACACUUAAUGGCAUCUUUGGAUGCUGCUGCCCUGCACUUUGAUCCCCCAACUUCUUAAGCCCAACGCUGACUCCUGAAACACACCUUUAACGCCAUGUGACCUUUGUGACUGAGCCAAGAAGGAAGACAUGUCCACCCACACUAGCACCAUACUUCUUUCCUUAAACUUGUGCUAGUUAGUUUAGUUUAAUGUAUUGUUCAUACUCUUUGCAGUAUUUUUUUUCUCUUUUGCGCUGUAGACGAUUUGUCAUCUCAGAACAUGAGAACAUCACAAAGUCAGAUCUGAUCAAUCGAGACUCGAAGACGACAAAGACAGAAAGUAGCUGAGCGCUAUUCAGAACUGUGCCAGGAUCAAAUAUAGAAAAGAAAGAAAGGCUAGAAGUCAAGGAGGAGAAGAGAAGGUGGCCGAGCGAACGGGUUGGUAGCUGGUCUUCCCAAACCCAGUUCUCGGGUUUGUGAGGAUUGUUUGAGAUUGCUUUUCUGCACUGAAGCAGAACAAAUGUCCCUGCGCUCCUUUUCCCCUUAAGAUUAAUCAAAGUGGCUUUACUGCUCGUGUUAAAGACAAAUCAUCCUUCCCCUAAACUUCCCCUUCCUGCUUUUGUGCUCUUCCCUCCUAAAUUCAUGCAGCUGUUUAAGAUCAGCGACCAAAAUUGCGCACACAUUUGUUGUCCUUGCUGUCCUGCACUGCACUCGUGAACACAACACGCUUUACAGUAGCAGCAAAAAGUUUGACAUUUUGAGACGUAUAUUUAUUCCCUUUCUACUCUUGUGUCUGUCUGUGAAAUAGAGUUUGGUUCGCUUGGCUUAGCAUAGCAUAAAGGCUGGAAACAGGGAAAAUAGCUGCUAUGGCGUCAUCCAAAGGGAGAAAAGCAUCUGACUGUCAGCAUCUCUAAAGUUAAAUAACUAAUAUGUUUUUUCUUUUCUAAGUUUUAGGUUUGAUUCACAGGGAAGCGCCUUGUGAUUUACAUGAUGUGUUUACUAAAUAGUUUAGAAGUUGCCAAAAUAUAGCGAGCCAGAGCUUUAUCUAACAUAAUUGUUUUUGUUUAAUUAAAGGGGAAGAAUAUCAGUGUUCCCUUUGUCCUCUGCUGUCUGCACAGUCGUGUUUAAGAGACUCCUUCAGACAACAGGAGCCCCGCUUCAGAGCAAGAAGAGACGUAACAGGAAAGAGUAGCAGCUGAUGAGCUGAGCCACUGAUGAUGUCGCUUGUGAUGAAGCUUGUCAAGUCACCAGCUGCUGAUUGUCAAACACACGGUCUGUAUCAGCAGCUGUCAGCUUUAAGCGACCUCAGUAAGUUUCAAUCUUACGACUGGUUAGAAAUGACAGAGUGGUAACAGAGCAGUCGUGUUCAGAGAAGAACAAUAUUCAAACAAUCUUCUAUGAGUCAAGGAAACAAAAUUUAUAAAUCGUUUUAGUUUAUAACCAUUC